UGUUGUUUUUGAGUGUAGUCAAGUUAGUCAAGUUUAGUCAAAUCAAAACAGUUUUUCUUCCUCAGGUCAGUCUCAGGAGAUUGGUCGACCUCAGCCAAUAGUGGCAAUGGUGGGGGAUGACAUCACUUUGCCAUGCCAUGUGAAACCUGACAGGGACACAGUUGACAUGUUACUGGAGUGGUCGAGACCUGAUAUUAACCCCAGAUUUGUCCAUUUGAGGCGGUCUGGGAAAGACCAUCUAUUUGAUCAAAAUCCAUCCUACAAGGGAAGAACAUCAGUGUCCAUCAACAGGCUGAAACUGGGAGACAUUUCACUGAAACUGUCCAAAGUGAAACUCUCUGAUGAUGGAACAUACAGAUGCUACAUGCCAGAAUUAAAUUUAGACUCUAAUAUUCAGCUUCUUGUUGGUGUUGAGAUUGGCAUAAACAUUGUCAGCAGUGGAGUGCUAGAAUGUAAGUCUAAAGGCUGGUAUCUGGUAGAAGAGACACAGCAACAACUUCACCUGUAGAGUCCAACAGAAGGACAUCAACCAGACCAGAGAGACACACAUCUAUGUU